AUGGUAAAGGGGUUCACUAUGGUAACGUGCUGUGGAAAUAGCUACCAGGACCGACGUGCGGCUCAUCAUUCUAAACUCAUUGACAGGGACAUAAAAGCCGCAAAACAACGAGCAGAUAGAGAAGUCAAAUUACUGCUAUUAGGUGCUGGUGAAUCAGGCAAGAGUACUAUUGUAAAGCAAAUGAAAAUUAUACACCACGAUGGAUUUUCCAAAGACGAUUGCCUUGCAUUCAAACCUGUCAUUUAUGGAAACGCUAUCCAGUCUUUACUCUCGAUCAUUCGCGCAAUGGAGCCGCUUAGUAUUGAAUUUGAAGAUGUAGCAAGAGUGAAAGACGCUCAGUGGACAAUCGCAAAGGCAGGCGAAGUAGAAGAAGGUUACAUGAGGCCAGAUUUGGUUGUUCGCAUUAAGCGGCUAUGGGCAGAUAAAGGUGUCCAGGAGUGCCUAGCACGGGCUAGAGAAUAUCAGUUAAAUGACUCUGCUGUGUAUUACCUUAACGCCAUAGAACGCUUAGCCUUGCCUGACUAUGUGCCAACUCAACAGGAUGUCCUUAAAAGUAGAGUUAGAACCACCGGUAUCGUGGAAACACAUUUCGAGUUUAGAAAACUUCAUUUCAAGAUGGUUGAUGUAGGGGGUCAGAGGUCGCAGCGAAAGAAAUGGAUUCACUGCUUUGAAGACGUUACUGCGAUUAUUUUCUGUGUGGCACUCAGCGAGUAUGACCUAAUGUUGGCUGAAGACGAAGAAAUGAAUCGUAUGUUCGAAUCCAGGAAACUGUUCGAAUCCACGCUGAACAGCGGAUGGUUUGAGGAGACGUCCUUUAUUUUGUUUCUCAACAAGAAGGAUAUAUUUGAAGAGAAAAUUUCUAAGUCGCCCUUAACACUAUGUUUUCCUGAAUAUACUGGACCUAACACAUACGACGAGGCCGGUGAGUACAUCCAAUCGAAGUUUGAAGAGUGCAACUUGAAGCCGGCACGGGAAAUAUACUCACACUUUACGUGCGCAACGGACACAAAAAAUAUAGAACACGUAUUUAACGAUGUUACUGAUAUCAUUAUUAGGAGCUCCUUGAAGGCUUGCCAUUUGAUACAAUAA